AGCGGCGGCGCGGGGGCUGGGGCAGAAGUGAUGCGAGCGCGCCCGGGGAAACUGCCCGCGGCCACCAGGAGCAUCUGCCGCCGGCGCCACUGCGCGCGGCCCGGGACCCGGCCAUGGAGGCGCUGAACGGCCCCGCGGGCGGCGGCUCCCCGGACGCGAAGCCGCAGCCGCCUGGCCAGCACCACCGCCACCACCACCUCCACCCGCUGGCCGAGAGGAAGCGGCUGCACCGCGCACCCUCGCCCGCCAGACCCUUCCUCAAGGACCUGCUUGUGCGGCCAGCGGCGCACGGGCCGGCUGCCCCCUCCUCGGCUCGGGCCCCGCCGCCCGCCGCCCCGCGCUCGCCCAGCCUUGCGGGCAAGACGCCGUACUCGCCCGUGUCCCUGGCUGCGCCGGGCCGCCUUUCCCGGCGCGGCGGCGGCGCCCCCGGGGCGAAAGAUAAGCCCCCGGCGGGCGCCGGGGCCAGGGCGGCGGGCGGCGCCAAGGCCGCCCCAGGCCCCAGGAGGGCGGUGCGCGCGGCGCCCGCCGAGCUGCUGCCCCGGUCCGGGAAGCCGCCACCGCUCGGAACCGAGCCGGCGCUGGCAGCUGCCAAGAACCGCAAGGCCCGGCGCGGCUCUGGGCCCCCCGGCGCGCCUCCGGCUCGGGCCGCCGAGCCCCCGUCGUCCGCCCGGCUCCCUGCCGUGACCCUCCCAGUGACCUCGGCGGCCGCCGCUGGCGCGCGCAUCAGCUCCACGGAUAGCAGCUCCGACCUCUCCGACUGCCCAUCCGAGCCCCUGUCGGACGAACAGCGCCCGCUCCCCGCCGCCAGUAGCGACGCCGAAUCGGGCACCGGCUCCAGCGACCGGGAGCCCCCGCGAGGAGCCCUCGCGCCGAGCCCCGCAGCCCAGGACGCACCGCCGGGCAGCCCUGAGUCUCCCGCGCUGCUCGCAGCGUACCCCGGCGCCAGCACUUGUCCUGGGGGCCGGAGCAGCCCGGGCGGGGUCUCUGCGGGGUUCCCUGGGUCCGGCCCGGCAGACGAUGCUCGGGGCCGCGCGCCACUAGAGCGAGCGGCCCCCGGGAGGGCGGAAGGAAGCGGUGGGACCCCCAAGGAGCCCAGCCCGGGCGAGCAGCCCCGGAUGGUGCCGGCGGCGGCGGAGGAGGAGCUGCUGCGGGAGAUGGAGGAGCUGCGCUCGGAGAACGACUAUCUCAAGGAUGAGUUGGAUGAACUUCGUGCUGAAAUGGAAGAGAUGAGGGACAGUUAUUUAGAAGAAGAUGUCUACCAGCUGCAGGAACUUCGGCGAGAACUGGACCACGCAAAUAAAAACUGCCGAAUUCUGCAGUACCGUCUCAGGAAAGCUGAGCAGAGAAGCCUGAAGGUGGCUCAGACUGGGGAGGUGGAUGGCGAGCUGAUCCGGAGUCUGGAGCAGGACUUAAAGGUAGCCAAAGACGUCUCUGUCAGAUUGCACCAUGAACUUGAAACUGUGGAGGAAAAGCGUGCUAAAGUUGAAGAUGAAAAUGAAAUGCUCCGACAGCAGAUGAUUGAAGUGGAAAUAUCCAAGCAGGCCCUCCAGAACGAGCUGGAGAAACUGAGAGAGAGUUCUCUGAAAAGAAGAGGCAGUCGGGAAAUGCACAAAGAAAAGAAAAUUUUGAACCAGGACGACAGUGCUGAUCUGAAGUGCCAGCUUCAGUUUGCCAAAGAGGAAGCCUCCCUGAUGCGCAGAGAGAUGGCCAAGCUAGGGAGGGAGAAGGACGAGCUGGAGCAGGAGCUGCAGAAGUACAAGUCCCUCUAUGGCGACGUGGACAGCCCCCUCCCAACUGGGGAGGCCGGCGGCCCACCCAGCACCAGAGAGGCGGAGCUGAAACUGCGGCUCAAGUUGGUGGAGGAGGAAGCCAACAUCUUGGGCCGCAAGAUUGUUGAGUUGGAGGUGGAGAAUCGAGGCCUCAAAGCGGAAAUGGAGGACGUGAGGGGCCAGCAUGAGCGUGAGUGUGUGAGCAGGGACCACCCCCCAAACAUUCCUACCUCACCCUUGGCCGACUCCGCUGAGUCCUCGUCGGAGCUGCGCCGACACCUCCAGUUUGUGGAGGAGGAAGCGGAGCUGCUCAGGAGGUCCAUCUCCGAGGUGGAGGAACACAACCGGCAGCUGACCCACGAGCUGAGCAAGUUCAAGUUUGAGCCGCGGCCAGAGCCGGGGUGGCUAGAUGAGGGUGCUGGCCGGGGUGGAGGCGUAGGCCUCCCACUGCAGGAGGAGCUCAAGUCAGCACGGCUACAGAUCAGCGAGCUGAGCGGGAAAGUGCUGAAGCUGCAGUACGAGAACCGCGUGCUGCUGUCCAGCAUGCAGCGCCACGACCUGGCCACGCACCUGGGGCUGCGCGCCCCAAGCCCCCGUGACAGUGAUGCGGAGAGUGACAUGGGCAAGAAGGAAAGUGAUGGGGAGGAAGGCCGGCUGCCCCAGCCCAAGAGGGAGGGCCCCAUCGGUGGUGAGAGUGACUCAGAGGAGACCUUUGAGAAGACAUCAGGCUUUGGGAGUGGGAAGCCCUCUGAGGCCAGCGAGCUGUGCUCUGCCGCACUCAUGCGGGUCCAAGAGGACUCCGAGUGCCUGGUGAACAUAAAGCAGGAGGCAGAGCGGCUUGGGCGCACAGUGGAGCGCCUCAUCACUGACACCGAUGGGCUGAUCUGCAAUGCCACCGAACCCAGUGUCCAGGGUAGCUGGGAGGAGCCUGAGCUGUUGGGCACCAUCAACUCCAAGAUGAAGGCUUUCAGGAAGGAACUGCAGGCCUUCCUGGAGCAGGUGAACCACAUUGGGGACACCUUGAGGGAGCAUCUAGAAGACCUGGCCCCCCUGCCCCACCUCACCGAGUCCUCCAGCUUCCUCUCCACGGUGACCUCCAUGUCCCGGGACUCCCCCAUUGGGAACCUGGGGAAGGAGCUGGUCGCAGACUUGCAGUCCAAACUGAGAGAUCAGAUGGAGUGGCACCUCGGCCAGGACCAGGGGGAGGAACAAGGGGACCUGCACCUUCAAGCCGGCCCAGAGCUGCCCCGCAGAGCCGACGGGGAUGCCAGCCACUGCAGGCCCACAGACAAGAGCUGUGUCAACCUGGAGAUGGAGGAGGAGCACCCCUCUGCCUUGAGGUGGAAAGAGCUGGACGUGCACAGCCUGGCUUUGCAAAGUGCCCUCCACGCCCAGACCUGGAGUGAUGAGAAGAGCCUGAUGCAACGGGAGCUCCGAUUCGUGAAGCAGAACAUUUUCCUCUUCUACGUCAAGCUCAGGUGGCUGCUGAAACACUGGCGGCAGGGGAAGCGGAUGGAGGAGGAAGGAGAGGCUUCAACUCAGGGCGAGCAUCCAGAGAGCCUCCCAGAGCUUGCUGAGCUUGGAGUCCAAGGGGACCACAAGGGCGAUGGGCCAGACGGUGAUGGCGGUGAUCGGGGCCUUGGCUUUAUGAUAGGGGAGUAUCCCCAGUGCUGCCCAGUGGAGAUCGGCACCCAAGGAUCACGGCUUCAGAGUGCAGAUGUGGGACAGCACCACAAGCAGGUAAUGGAGAACCGUCAGCUGUUUGGCGCCCUGCGGGCCCUGCUGGAGGACCUGCGUGUGGAGCUGCGGGAGGACGAGCGGGCCCGGCUGCGGCUGCAGCAGGAGUAUGCCAGUGACAAGGCUGCCUGGGACGUGGAGUGGGCCAUGCUCAGGUGCCGCCUGGAACAGCUGGAAGAGAAGACCGAGAACUUGGGGGAACCAGGUCCUUCCGCUGACAGCAAAGGGGCAUUUCGGAAGGAGAGGGAGGCACACAGGAAGCUCCUCGCUGACAGUCACAGCCUGGUCAUGGACCUGCGCUGGCAGAUCCGUCACAGCGAGAAGAACUGGAGCCGUGAGAAGGUGGAGCUUCUCGACCGCCUGGACAGAGAUCGGCAGGAGUGGGAACUGCAGAAGAGGGAACUGCUGUGGAGGAUAGAACAGUUGCAGAAGGAAAACGGUCCCCGGAGAGGUGGCAGCGUCUUCUGUGACCAAAAAGACGGCAGCUCUCGCCCCUUCCUCCACCAGGGAGGCCUCCGUGUGCCUCACGCCAUGGCAAUGUGGUCAUGCUCUGACGCAGAGUCCAUCCCCUUUGAAGACCGGCCACUGUCCAAGCUGAAGGAGUCAGACAGGUGCACGGCCAGCGAGAACCUCUACCUGGAUGCCCUGUCGCUGGAUGAGGAGCCUGAGGAGCCUCCACCCCGACGGCUGGAUCGGAACUUCAGGAACUGCCUCCCCGAGGAAGAAGAAAAUCACAAGGGAAACCUUCAAAGGGCAGUGUCGGUGACCUCCAUGUCUGAGUUCCAGCGCCUGAUGGACCUCUCUCCCUUCUUGCCUGACCAGGGCCUGCCUUCCGCAGGUAGCAAGGAGGACACCACCCCUCCCCUCUCUCCCGACGACCUCAAAUACAUUGAGGAGUUCAACAACAAGGCCUGGGACUACAGCCCACCCAGGGACUGUGGUGGGGUGGGGCCGGGGAGGCCCCCAGACUCCUGGACAGACAGGACCGAGGUGGGGCUGGCCGGGGCUGAUGCUGCAGCGGACCCAUUCCCAGACUCCUCAUGGUAUCUCACUACGAGUAUCACCAUGACCACGGACACUAUGACCCACCCCGAGCACUGCCAGAAGCAGCCGCUGCGCAGCCAUGUGGCUGCGGACAGGUCCGGUGUGCGCGUGCUCCACAGCCCGCCUGCUGUGCGCAGGUUCGAUGGUGUGCUUUCGGCCAUGGGCAGCGAGGAGCAGAGCCCAGGGGAGCCUGAGUUGCCGUUCUCCACAGGCAGAGCCAGAGGGGGUGUAGGGGAAGCCAAGGGGACCCCGGCAGAGCAUGUGUUUGGGAGGUGGCCUUGUGACCUCCCCAGACAUCCCCGGGACUAUGGGGAUGGUGGGCUGCACUCACUUGAGGGCACCCUCUGCACCUCCCUGGGGUUUGCCUCCCCACUGCACAGCCUGGAGAUGUCCAAGAACAUGAGCGAUGACAUGAAGGAGGUGGCCUUCUCCGCCAGGAGUGCCGUCUGCCCUGUGGAGCCUCAGGUCAAGGACACGGCCUGCCAGACCAACGGGUCCCGGACAACGGGGACACAGACUGUCCAGACCCUCAGUGUUGGCCUGCAAACCGAAGCCUUGCGUGGGGGUGUCACCAGCAGUCCCCACAAGUGUCUCACGCCCAAGGCCGGGGGUGGCUCCACACCUGUGUCCUCACCUUCCCGCAGUGUGAGGAGCCGGCAGGUGGCCCCCGCCAUCGAGAAGGUGCAGGCCAAGUUUGAACGCACAUGCUGCUCCCCCAAGUAUGGCUCCCCCAAGCUGCAGAGGAAACCUCUCCCCAAAGCUGACCAGCCAAAUAACAGGACCUCGGCAGGGACACCCCAGAAGGGCUGCAGUGAGUCUGCCUGGGCACGCUCCACCACCACGAGGGAGAGUCCUGUGCACACGACCAUCAAUGAUGGCCUCUCCAGCCUCUUCAAUAUCAUCGACCACAGCCCCCUGGGGCAGGACCCCUUCCAGAAGGGGUUGCGGGCUGGAAACCAGUCCCGCUCGGCUGAACCCCGACCAGAGCUGGGCCUGGCCCAGGAAACCGGUACCAGCUCCCGGGGAAGGUCACCCAGCCCCCUCGGGGUUGGAGCAGAGACAUUCAGGGAGGAAGGGGAAGAGGGCACGCCAGUGAGGCAGGACCUAUCCGCUCCCCCUGGCCACACACUCACAGAGAACGCCACCCGCAUCCUCAACAAGAAGCUGUGGGAGCAUGCCUUAAAAGAGGAGAGGAGGCAGGCCGCCCACAGCCCCCCAAGUCUGAGCAGUGACAGCCACGCAGGGGAGAUGGGCAAAGCCGGACCAGGGUCCAUCGAGGAACUCCCUUGUUCGGCACUCGCCCCUUCCCUAGAGCCCUGCUUCUCCAGGCCCGAGAGACCAGCAAACCGUCGCCUUCCGUCCCGUUGGGCCCCACACUUCCCCACUGCCUCACAGCCUCAGGCCCCUGGAGACCUGCUGCCCAUGGAGGACCAAGGCGACAUGGAGCCACCCGUGGAGAAGCUGCACCCGUGAUGCAAGUGUGCAUGAAUUAUUGCAGAAUAAUUCACUGUAAUUUGCAUAACCACCCUAUCAUCCUGAACCAACCUCUGCCCGAAAGGAGAGAGCUCGUUUUCACAAGGUCAAAGAAUGUUUUUAAAAAACACACAGCUGCUGAAUGUUCAACCUGUGAAACUGAGAUGUUUCUAGAAUGAAACAGUAAAUGUGCCUGUAAUAACUUAAUUUUUUUCGUAGCUCAGAAGACUAUUUUUGUCUCCAUCUUUUUUACACACAAUAUAUUAAACAAAAAAGGUAAAUAAGAUAUAAAUUUAAAAAAUAAAGGUUUUAAAAAUACAUUUUAAGAGAUUCUGAAUGCCCUCGCUCUCAAUAAUGACUGCUUUUUUGUUAAAUUUGCACUGUUCCAUUUUGGUUUGAUUCAUUUCCACGUUGAAUUAGAGUAUUUUAAGUUAAUUUUAUUUUGCCAGUGUUGUUAUUUUUAAAGAAUUUUUGAAAUGCUUCCAACUGUCUGAAUCAAAGAACUUUGUAGUGAAAGGCCAUGAAAACAGUAGAGAAGACCAGUGUUUAUAAACUGGAGGGGAUACAGGUCAUGUGUUGGAAAGGUACAGAGUACUCAGGGGCACACAGAGCCAUUGUGCAGCCACGUCUUCUCCUCACCUUGCAUGUCUUGGGUUCCUAGCACUGGGUGCAUGUACAUACUGCUGCUGAUUGUCACCUUCACCUCAGUGUGAGUCCACAUGUUUCACUGGAAUACGUUGUGAAUUUCCUUGUAUUGUACUUUUAUUGUCGGUCCUCUUGCAUUGAUGAUACAACAGCAACAACAUUUAUAAAUUAUUGUUAAAAGUUUAACUGGUGAUGUACAGUGUAUAUUCCAUUUUCUUGUUUAAGGAAAAACCCUACCGAAAGUCAUGAGGACGCCAAAUUGAGACAGAUGAUGGUGCCUCUGAAUCUGUGUGAGACCACAAGGAAGUAGAAAUAAAGCCUUUACGAUGGCA